GUGAGCGCGGUGUUCGACUGUUGUUCGCGAUCUUCGAGGUUGAUUCACUACUAUCGGGUUCGGACCCAACAAACGUUGCCCUAGCCUCGUCUGAUUCCAGCGGCAUUUACUCAUUUCUGCGAAAUGGCUAAGAAGAACAAGGGCCAGGAGCCUACCGCUACUUUGCAAUCCGUCACGAAUAGGGACAUCCUCCAGCGACUCAACUUCCUCUACCAAGCGAGCGCGUAUCUCAACACUAUUGCGCCGCACGCAGCCACCACCAAGCCAGAGGGGAAAAGGGCUACAAAUCAUGCCGCCAGGGAAGAGCUACGUAGGAAGAAGAGGCAUCCGGCUACGACGUCGGACCUGUCGCGCAACUAUGUCGCGUCGAUGAAAGCGAUUAGUCAGAAGGCUACGGUCAAGAUGGAUCCAACCAUCAAACGAACAAUUUGCCAGAAGUGCAAUACGGUACUAAUACCUGGAGUUACGGAGGAAGUACGAGUACGAGGAUCUCGAAUACACGGCAAUCUCGUAACAUACGCAUGCACUGCCUGCGGCUUCGUACGCCGGAUCCCUGCGCAUCCGAUCCUUGACCCAGACGCUCCCCCGGAACCCUCAGCUUCCGGGACCACACCCGCUGUUCGCACGGCAGACGUCACAGGAUAUGAGCCUGAGGCGAUGGACGUCGACGUUGCCCAGCCCUCGACCUCUGCUGCGGGCUCAAAGCAAGAGACGAAGAAGGCGGAGAGGCCGAAGCGGCGUCGGAGGAAAGGACCUCAGCCCCGGCUCCCUCCUCUGUUCCAGAGGAAGGGCCAUGUCGUCUUCAGAGGGAAUGCGAGACUCGAGUCUGACGAUGCAGUAUGAGCCCCAUGUGCUGCCGAAGAAACAGUUGCAACCCGAGUGUCCAUCACACGACAUCUCAAUCACAAACCUUUCGUUGGGCAGGAAGCUUUUAUAGCCUGUGUCUAGCUGUGCUCAGGCCUUGGGCAGCCAAACCCAGUGAUUGUCGCAUCCCGAUGAUUGGUGAAGACCACUGCGAACAUUGAUUGGCGUGUGUUAUGUGACGUGUGUACUGUAUUGUACGUGUGUUGUAGUAUACGACCAGAGGACAAGUGUCCAGACGUCCAGGAACAGACGAACAUAUGUAAGUUUUGUACAAUAGGAUUAUGCGCUU